UCAAUGAAAUAGUUAGAUCUGUCAGUGCCAACUAUCGCCUCGCUCUCGACGGACCUUUUUAGAUUUUAUCUAUCGCGUUGUCCGAUUCGCUCCGUUUUACUCAAAUGCACCGCGAGUAGAGCGUAAGAAGAAAGGGAGAGAGUGCCGCGAGAUCACGCGUUCUUUUCUACCUGUUCGCAUAAAGACAAAAAUCUGUCGUAUCCACGCGGAUCCUAUAUGUAGUACAUCUAUCUGUCUUCUACGUUUACUAAAAAGAGAAUUGCGAAGAGAAAUAAUUGAAAGAUGAUCGGCUCUCGUAAAGAAGUUUCGACGCGCGCGUACCACGAGUACAGCUGAUCGAAUUUUCCACUGCAACAUAGUCAGUAUUAGCCCCCCGAUGAAUGCGCCCAUAUUUCCCUGCUGUUUAUCGUCGCACAAGAACCGACGCGAUCUCGAGAACGUUCAAAUCCGGCAUCCUCGAGUCUAUGUAUCUGGACGAGAUUCGUCGCACCGUCGAGGAUCACUUCACGGAGGCACAGACAAGCGUUAUCAUUCUGAAAGAAGAAUGGCUAUAUAUCCCUGGCAGCGAGUCGCACGGGGUCGUCAGUAGAAGAUGAUAGAGGAUCAGGCGCAUCAACAUCCGGUACGACUACCACCCGACAAGCACGCUUGCGUCGAUGUCACUGCACCAGCCAAAUUUGAAAAUGAUCAAUGCAAGGAACCUUUGCUUUCGGAGAAGCAAACAUCCCACAGGAUAACACCGGCCGACGGUCGACCGCGGACACGCGGUAACUCGGAGUCGGCCGUCGGGAACGCGGCGAUGGGCACGAGUUCGGCUACUACGAACACGAACGCAUGGAUGGAAACCGUUGUCACCAACGCUACCAUCGUCGCGUGCGUCUCCGGCGACGAUAAAUCAGCGGAAGAGGACAACGCGCAAGUGCCCAUCUUCGACGAGGGAACUACCGACAGCGGCCGUCUUCCCGAUGUCGUGGCCGAGAGCAAAAUUUACGGAGGUGCCGAGGCCGAACCCCUCGAGUCCUACUUGGCCAUUACUAUUCAAGUUUUUAUACCGUUUCUUAUCGCCGGCCUUGGUAUGGUGGGAGCUGGAUUGGUGCUAGACUUGGUUCAACAUUGGGUGGUGUUCGAGAAAGUGACCGAAUUGAUCAUCCUGGUACCGGCGCUGUUAGGUUUGAAAGGAAACUUGGAGAUGACCCUAGCAUCUCGUCUCUCGACUCAAGCGAACCUCGGGCACAUGGACACGCCGAAGGAGCAAUGGCAGAUGAUCGUAGGAAAUCUCGUUUUGAUUCAAUGCCAGGCGAUCGUGGUCGGGUUCCUGGGCUCUGUGGUGGCGAUCGGGAUGGGCGUAUUUCGGAACGGCUUCUCUAUCUCGUUGGAUCACGCGUACCUGCUGUGCGCCAGCAGCCUCGUCACCGCGUCUCUCGCUUCGUUCGUCCUCGGCCUGAUCACCGCCGGCGUGAUCGUGUUCUCCCGUCAUUGUCAUAUAAAUCCGGACAACGUCGCGACACCGAUCGCCGCCAGCCUCGGUGACAUCACGUCGCUGGCUCUGCUCUCUUGGAUUUCGACGAUACUUCACGAAUCGAUAAACAACAAGCAAGACUGGCUCGCUCCACUCGUCAUCGCUUGCUAUGUCCUCGUCACACCGCUCUGGGUUUGGAUCGCCAAGAGGAACAAGUAUACGAACGACGUUCUCUACUCUGGAUGGACUCCCGUGAUGAUCGCCAUGCUCAUCAGCAGUUGCGGUGGUCUGAUACUGGAAUUCAUGGUGUCGCGAUUCGAGAAUCUGACCGUCUUUCAACCGGUGAUCAACGGCGUCGGGGGAAACUUGGUAGCUGUACAAGCUAGCAGAAUAUCGACGGCUCUUCACAAGCAAGCUGAGCUGGGAACCCUACUGAUACCACCAGGCCACACGCAUCCAGUUAUAUUCAUAACACCCAUUGCAAACUUUUUUGGGAAAGGUAUACACGCAAGGACGACGAGAGUUCUGAUGGCGAUGGUGAUACCGGGGCACAUCAUCUUCAUUUAUCUGAUCAACUACAUGAAAGAUGGGAACGCGUCGCUUACACCCCUAUUCGUUUUCGUCUACUUGUGUGCUGCAACGUUACAAGUCGCGGCUCUGCUCUACAUUGCUUACAUAAUGAUUCACUGGAUGUGGAAGAGGAAAAUCGAUCCCGACAAUUCGGCGAUCCCCUAUCUAACAGCGAUGGGAGAUUUAUUGGGCAUCAGUUUACUCGCGAUUGCCUUUCAAUUCUUAUAUCUCGUCGGUGAUCAAGAUUCUGAUGAAGCAAUCGUCCCUUGAGAUCGCGAAGGAUGCUCGAUCAAUUCCUAAGUAUUUCUAAUGAUUUGUAGCCGUCGCGUGAUAAGCACGAGGAAAGUCGACGGUUGAACUGUUAGUACAGCACAUAAGGAGAUUAAGUUCUACGCAAAUAACGAAGCAAUACGCACGCAACCGAGACUAAUUGUCGACAAGGCUGUGCUUCACGAAAGUAUAUCCCGGUUUUUCCUUUAGUUUAUUACUUUUUCUCUAUCUGCCCUGAUCAUUAAAUAGAACGAGAUGGAUCUUUAAGAAGUGGGCACAUACGAUCGUUUAUGACUUACGGGAUUAACUUGCGACUGUCUUCGCUUUAACGAACUUUGUUUCCUACUUGUUUUAUCAUCAAGAGAGAGAAGUGCGUGCAGCCGUUCCCGACGGCCGCGUCAAGUGUAUGUGUCUUCGACUAGUUGCCUUCGUACACGAUGAAUUAGAUGAUUUCAAAUAAUAAUAACGUUCACGCAAAGUAUUUUUGAAAGCUUUGAAGAUACUCGCGCGCGAUUCUCCUCGCAGUACCCACAAUAACGUAAUUUUAAUCAACGUUAGAGAUUGCAUCGCGUUGCAAUAGUUUUAUAUGCAAGUGUAUAUACAUAGCUGCUACGAAACGCGAGUCUUCCACACCGAAGCUGAUCGAUUAUAAGAAACGCGCACGCAAAACACAAAAGAAAAUCAGAAUAUUACUCACUGCAGAAAUAAGUGUCCUCUUUUUCGUACGUAGAUGACGAUGCAAAUGUACUUCAUUUUCUCCAAAUGCGCAUCCGAGACAGCUCCGGCGGUAGAAGAAAGUUGACAGGACAUCCGGGCACACAGUCGGUAGAGAUGAAGGCCGUAAACUGUAUCUUGACAAUAAUAUUAGUUCGAGCGGACGCACUAUUUUCUAUCCGACGCGAACGAAAAUAAUAUUCUUUCGAGCCAACGCACUAUUUUCUAUCCGACGGGAACGAACCCAGAUCGUUUGCAUACGGACUCUGAUCUCUCGCUCUAGGAAAUCGAACGCAUAUUCUUUGCGGUUGUAUAGAUAGAUAGUUUUGGAAAACGAGCGUGCCAAGGAAAUGAAUAUUAAUUAAGAAGCAUGGAGCUUCGAUGUUGCUCUGUGAAAGGCUAGAGAGGCGAUGAGCUUGAGAAACGAUUGAUAUUGUUCCGAAUUCGGUGCUAAUAGAAGCUAGGUCAAGUUUAUAACGACGAAAUGCGAGCUCCUGUCCUAUUAUGUAAUUACAGAUGCAACGAUAAGAAAAGAGUACGCUUCAACGCGUCAUGGAAUGUACCUGUUCUACGUCGAAGUUUUGGAACGAGUCAAACGAAAGGAUCGUUAAUCACUUUCAGAUAAUAUAACAAAAAUUCAGACGCCGCAUCGAUAAAAAUUGAGUCAACGCACAUUGCAAUGAAAUAUCGAUGUAGUUUUAUAUAAUAAAAUGCCACGAAAAUUAAA